CCCAGCGGGACCGGUCGCCCAGCGCACGGCCGGGAUCAGCAGCCGCGGCCCAAGCUGUGUCCGCGGCCCCAGACGAGCCCGGGACUCAGUACCUGCAGAGAAACACCACGUUGAUUUCACCUCACAAUGGAGUUUCAGAAGUCACCCGACGGAGGGUGGGGCUGGGUGAUUGUGACCGUCUCCUUCUUCACUCAGUUCCUCUGUUACGGAUCCCCGUUAGCUGUUGGGGUCUUGUACAUAGAAUGGCUGGAUGCCUUCGGUGAAGGAAAAGGAAAAACAGCCUGGGUGGGAUCCCUGGCAAGCGGAGUUGGCUUACUCGCAAGUCCUGUCUGCAGCCUCUGUGUGUCAUCUUUUGGAGCGAGACCCGUCACAAUCUUCAGUGGCUUCCUGGUGGCUGGAGGCCUGAUGCUGAGCAGUCUUGCCCCCAAUAUCUACUUUCUGUUUUUUUCCUAUGGCAUCAUUGUAGGUCUCGGAUGCGGCUUAUUAUACACCGCGACAGUGACCAUUACAUGCCAGUAUUUUGACAGCCGCCGAGGCCUCGCGCUUGGCCUGAUUUCAACAGGUUCAAGCGUGGGCCUAUUCAUCUAUGCGGCUCUGCAGAGGGUGCUGAUAGAGUUCUAUGGCCUGGAUGGGUGCCUACUUAUUGUGGGCGCUUUGGCUUUAAAUAUACUAGCCUGUGGCAGCCUGAUGAGACCCUUGCAGUCUUCCGACUCUCCUUUUCCUGAAAAAAUAGCUCCGGAGAAUGUUCUAGAUAGAUACUCCACGUACAAUGAGAAAGAGAAGAGCCUGGAAGAAAAUAUGAACAUCUUGGACAAGAGCAACCGCAGUGAAGAUAAAUGUAACAGCACCUUGCCCCGUGGUGACUGGGGACAGGAGACUCCUAAAAAUCCUACAGCUGCAGCACACGCCAAGGAGCCUGAGCCUUACAGAAAGAAGGUCGUGGAGCAGACUUACUUUUGCAAGCAGCUUGCCAAGAGGAAAUGGCAAUUAUAUAGGAACUACUGUGGUGAGACUGUGUCUCUUUUUAAAAACAAAGUCUUCUCCGCCCUUUUCAUCGCCAUCUUGCUUUUUGACAUCGGAGGGUUCCCACCCUCCCUGCUCAUGGAGGACGUAGCGAGAAGCUCCAACGUGAGGGAAGAGGACUUCACCAUACCACUCAUCUCCAUUAUUGGCAUCAUGACAGCCGUGGGCAAGCUUCUUUUAGGCAUCAUGGCUGACUUCAAGUGGAUCAACACCUUGUAUCUCUAUGUAGCUACCCUGAUCAUCACGGGUCUGGCCUUGUGUGCAAUCCCCCUUGCCAAGAGCUACGUCACCCUGGCGAUACUUUCUGGGAUCUUGGGUUUUCUUACAGGCAAUUGGUCCAUCUUCCCAUAUGUGACCACCAAGACUGUGGGGAUUGACAAAUUAGCCCACGCCUAUGGGAUACUCAUGUUCUUCGCAGGACUUGGGAAUAGCCUCGGGCCACCGAUUGUUGGUUGGUUCUAUGACUGGACGCAGACCUACGACAUCGCCUUUUAUUUCAGCGGCUGCUGCGUCCUGCUGGGCGGCUUCAUCCUGCUGCUCGCCGCCUUGCCCUGUUGGGACACGUGCAACAAAAAACCCUCUAAGCCAGCGCCAACAACCUUUUUCUACAAAGUUGCCUCUAACGUUUAGGGGGAUAUUAAAAGGCAUUAUUUUCUCUAUUUUUCUACUUUUAACUAUAUAUAUAUAUAUAUAUAUAUAUAGUUAUAUAUAUAUAUAACUAUAUAUAUAUAUAUAUAUAUAUAUAGUUAAACGGGUUCCCUAGAGUCAAGACCUUGUUGUAGCAAAACUCCGGCUGACUCUGAAGGAGAACAUACUUUCACAUACCCUGUUUUUUUUUUAUGUACUGUGGGCAUAACCUCUGUCCCUUGUAUUCCCCUCCCCCAAGAAAUGGUCCUGUUCUGUUUCACCUUUGCUAGUCAGUUCUGGAUGUAAAACUGUUGACUAGCCUCACCGAGUUUUCUCUGGGUCAAGAAGCAGAGUCUCCGCUUUCCCCCACGAGUUCUACCGCCAGGUACUCAGGGGGUCCCGUCUUAAGCCACGCACUCCUCCUGUCAGGAUAUUUGUGAAGACGCCUAAGGAAUAAUUGCUGUCUCCUCUAUGCCAGACCUGCAAGUCCAGAGAAGACGCUAAGCCAUUUCCUUUCCAGAAGUGAAAGCGAUGGUUAUAAUGUCACUAAGACUUUGAAGACUUUAGACAAAAUAUUUUAAAUCGCAGCUGUCCGUCUUAUCCGUUUUUCUAUUGUGUUGUCCUUGUUGAAGCACUGUUGGGCAUUUGGUGUCCACUGUGUGUGAACUCGUUCAAUUCCUCCAGCCCCCUGCGUGGCUGGCUCCUAGGACCUCGCUCCCUGGUGCUAGUCAGCAUCCACUCUGCUGGGGUCUCCUAAGAGCUACUGAUUUGCCGGUUUCCAGCUUGGAAAUACACCUCUGAACCAUUCCGUCUGGCCAGUGGGAAGCAUCCAUUUGCUUUGAGCACCGUGGGAAUGAGUUGCAAGGCCUUGCCUGUCUUCCAAAUGAAGCCCAUGGUGGUUUCUCUUGGGCUUUUCCACUACUGCAUUUUAAUUCAUGGACAGGGCUAAAAAAAGAAAGAAAAAAAGAUGCUCUGUGUGUCCAUUAGACGUGGGAAAGGCUAGGGUGAAGAGAAACCGAUACUCUCACCCAACCUUAUGUAAUCCCAAGAACAUUGGAGGGCAGAAAUAAUGUUUAAUAAAUAGAAAUGGGUUCAACUUUGGGUUCAUUCAACCAAUGGGUUUCCUCUAUAGAAAUGGGUUUCAACUUCGCCAGGCUUCAGAAUCCCCUACAGACCCUCCAGAAACUUAAAGUGCUUGAUACUAUGCUUUUAAUUGUAAUUCUGCCUGUUGGCCCACGCAUCUGCAUUUUAACGAACUCUGCAGGGAUUCUGGUGACAGGACCCCAGGACAGCUGUAGACAGGUGUGGUGGGGCUGUGCUUCCUGAAGCUCAGGGGAACAGUGAGGGCAUGGCAGGUGGGGGAAACCCUGAGUUCGCUGAUCACUAGCACCACCAGGGGAAAAAAAAUAAACAAAACACAUUGGCAAUAGACAAACAUUUUCUUUUCUU